CCUGUUUCCGGGUUCUUGUGUUCAGGUGCGUCGCUCCCUCCGGUUUCUCCGCUGUUCGAACACGCUGCUCAACCCGCUGUUCCACCGACCCGGCGCCGGUACCGAGAUCCGGAGACAGAACCGGAAGCUCGGAUCAAAGAUCAGACUUCACACCGGAGGAUUUCUUUCAUUUUGAGGGGGACACCUGUUUCACCUGCCUGCUCACCUGUCUCACCUGUCUCACUUCUCACCUGCCUUCUCAUCUGUCUCACCUGUCUUCUCACCUGUCUCACCUGUCUCUGCUCACCUGUUUUGCUCACCUGUCUCACUUGUCUUCUCUCCUGUCUUCUCACCUGUCUCACCUGUCUCUGCUCACCUGUUUUGCUCACCUGUCUCACUUGUCUUCUCUCCUGUCUUCUCACCUGUCUCACCUGUCUCUGCUCACCUGUCUCACUUGUCUUCUCUCCUGUCUUCUCACCUGUCUCACCUGUUGUCCCAUCUAUGGCGGAUCAGCCUUAAAAAAAAAAAAAACUAAAAACACGAACGUAGAACGAGCGGAACCUGCGGAUCUGUGACGUCAUGGAUUUACUGGACUCGGGACAGAAGUUCAGUCCGACUCGGCAGGACACUGACUGGGACACGACCCACCAGUUCCUGCCGGCCGCAGACAACGAUCACCUGGAGAAGAAGCCCGGACGCAGGAGGACGCUGUGGGUCGGACUCGGCCUCGUGCUCUCAGCCGCCGCCGUGUCUCUGCUGACCGGACUGCUGGUGUGGCACUUCCACUUGCGAAGUGACGUCCGGGUGAAGCGGGUCUACAUCGGCUCCAUGGGGAUCCGGGACCAGAACUUCCUGCCGGAGUACGAAGAUCCCAGCAGUCCACAGUUCUCUAGCCUGGCCACUCUGGUCAGCAAACAGCUGAAGCUGAUUUAUUCUAAAAACUCUGUUCUGACCAAAUACUUCCAAGGCUCCUCGGUCCAGGCCUUCAGUGAGGGGGACAGUGGCAGCGACAGCCUGGUGGCGUACUACGAGUCGGAGUUCGAUAUCCCCGUCCCCCAGGAGGCGUCCCUGGACGAGGCCAUCAAGUCCCUGGAGCCGCCGGCAGGAAGUCAGCAGAGCCAGAAGGGACGGAUGCUCCUGAAACCCGUGGACGCGCUGAGCGUCAACAGCGUCUUCUCACGAGCCAUCGAUCCACGUAUGUCCAGGAAUUCGUUACUUGUGAGGAAGUCCUUCAACAUCCAUGUCCGCGAGGGGGGGGUCCUCCGCUCUCCAGGGUUCCCGGACUCCUCCUACCCCCCGAGCGUGUACCUGCAGUGGAGGCUCCGGGCCGACCCCGGCCACCGCGUCCGGCUGGACUUCCACACCCUGAUCCUGGAGGACGACUGUCAGCAGGACUUCAUCAAGAUCUACGACUCGCUGGCGCCAAUAGAACUCCGCUCGCUGACAGAACAGUGUGGUUACCCUCACGGCUCUCUCUCCUUCCUGUCCUCUGGAAACGUCAUGCUGCUGACGCUGGUCACCAACGAGGAGAGGAACUUCCCCGGCUUCCAAGCAAACUACUCCCAGAUUCCUCUGACGGCACAAAAAUGUGGAGGAACCCUGGGCGGAGACAAAGGCUCCAUCUCUUCACCUUUCUUCCCCUCGAACUAUCCUCCAAAGACCUCCUGUGUCUGGAACAUCGAGGUCCCGGUGGAGAAGUUUGUGAAGGUUCAGUUCAGCAAGUUCCUCCUGGGAAAUCAAAGCGACCAGUGUCCUGACGAUUAUGUUCAAGUCGACAAUAAAAGGCUGUGUGGCAGGAAGUUAAAGAGCACAGUGAUCACCAGCCAGAGCAACACGAUGACCAUCAAGUUCAACUCGGACUCGUCCUACGUGGAUCAGGGUUUCACGGCCGAGUACGAAGCGUUCGUCCCCAACAAUCCUUGUCCGGGGAGGUUCCAGUGCACCAACAACCUGUGCAUCAACCAGACGCUGCAUUGCGACGGCUGGAACGACUGUGGAGACGGCAGCGACGAGGACAAAUGUGUGUGCGAUGCGGCUCAGAUGAAGUGUAAGAAUGGACGCUGUAAACCCAGGUUCUGGGAAUGUGACGGCACUGACGACUGUGGAGACCGGACGGAUGAAGAAAACUGUGAAAAGUGUAAACCAGGAGAGUUUUCCUGCAGAAACGGAAACUGCAUCCCAGAGAAGUCAAGGUGCAAUGGAGAAGACGACUGCUCCGACGGCUCGGACGAGUCCAAAUGUGAAAAAUCUCUGGUACUGCAGCAGUGUUCAGCGUUCACCUUCCGCUGUGGGAACGGACGCUGCAUCAGCAAACUGAACCCGGAGUGUGACGAGGAGCAGGACUGUGGGGACGGCUCGGACGAGGACAACUGUCAGUGCGGGACGAGGCCGUACAGGAGCUCGCGCAUCGUCGGAGGUCAGAUAUCGCGGGAGGGGGAGUGGCCGUGGCAGGUCAGCCUCCACAUCAAGGGCAAAGGUCACGUGUGCGGCGCCUCCGUGUUGAAUCACCGCUGGCUGCUGACCGCCGCUCACUGCGUCCAGGACAGUGGAUCAGACAAGUACUCUCAGCCUGACCAAUGGGAGGCCAUGUUGGGUCUGCACGUGCAGAGUCAGACCAAUGAGUGGACAGUGAGGAGGAACAUAAAGAGGAUCAUCGCCCACGAGGACUACAACCCCAUGACCUACAACAACGACAUCGCCCUGAUGGAGCUGGACAUGGACGUCACCCUCAACCAGAACAUCUGGCCCAUCUGCCUCCCCUCCCCCACCCACGACUUCCCAGGAGGCCAAGUGGCGUGGAUCACCGGCUGGGGCGCCACCAGAGAGGGAGGCUCGGUGGCCAUGGUCCUGCAGAAGGCCGAGGUCCGGAUCAUUAACGGCACCGUGUGUAAGAACCUGAUGAGCGACGAGGUCUCGGACGGGAUGCUGUGUGCCGGAGUCCUCAAAGGGGGCGUGGACGCCUGCCAGGGCGACUCCGGGGGUCCGCUGUCCGUCACGGGCCCCAGUGGGCGGGUCUUCCUGGCCGGACUGGUGAGCUGGGGCGACGGCUGCGCUCGCAGGAACAAACCCGGCGUCUACACCCGGAUCACCAGAUACCGCGAUUGGAUAAAGGAGCAGAGCGGAGUGUAGCCGCCGAGCAGCAGGCGGCCUCUGGUAUUAUACAACAGCAGGAGAACGUUCACUCUGAUGGUUUUUGAUCUUCUGGUUUCAAAGAUAAAAACUGAAAAAUGAUUCAUAUUCACAACAGAUGAUGAAACAUCAUUCAGUGAAACAACUACAUGUUGUGAACCAGGGAGGAUCACAACAUGGUUAAAAAGGUUAAGGUUUUGUUAUGAAUUUGUUUUUAAAGGAACAUUUGUCUGUUCCUCUCGAAACUCACUGGUGGUAAAUAAUGAUUUAAGCAUAAUUAUUUCCUUUUACACUUAGUAGUGUCAGAAUUCUUAUAAAUUGUGAGAAUCAAACCAAUGGAUUUGGAGGAUUCAUCACAUUCCAAAAUCUUCCUAAACGUUUCAAACAUAAAUCGAGUAUAAAUUGAUUUAUCAACUGGGCCUUUUGUAAUCUCUCCCAAAGAGAACUUAAGAAAUAAUGAAUGACUAUAAAGCAACGUCCACAGUUUAAUGAGUUUCAGUGAAGGGGUCCCUCAGGGAGCCGUCCUGGGUCCUAUGAUGAUUCAAACAACGAAUGUUAAAUACAAGAUUUUUUCCAAAGUUUUUACAUAAUAUCGAUAAUCAGGAGCAAAAAGUUAAAACAUAUUUAAAUUACCACUUUAAUGUUCUCUUAAGAACCCUCUUUAUGGUUUUCUACAGUAAAGAUGCUGCAAAAAAAAGUAAAAAAAUAUAUUUGAUAGUAUUUGUAUUAAUCGAUUUUUACUAGAUAGGAAUGUGAGUCCAACGUUCCCAUAAAAGUGUUUUAAUUGUUGUAGAGAACUUUUUUUUUUUAUGACAACUUUUCUAUUUUUUUAACCUUUGAGCUGAAAAGCCUUGAAGCAGCUUGUUGUCAUUACUGUUGUUGUUUAUGUCUGUGUGUUUUUGCUGAUUGUAUUUAUUUGUACAUUGUUGUAAAACAGCUGGUUUCACAUCUGUCUUUGCUUUAUGGCGUGAAACCCGACAUGUGGGCUGCGGAAUUAUGAGCAGUUUAAAAACAGGAUGAAAGAUUUGGAUUUGUUUUCUCAGGGUAUUCAUUUCUCUGCAGUGGCAUGUAUUCACCAGCAGAGGGAGCUCUCGUGUUACUCUUUUAUUCUUGGGGCCUGAUUAAGUUGUAGUUUAAUUUUGUUGGAAUUAAAAAUCAUUAAUUCAAAUUCAUGAUUCAACAGAGAGACUUAGGUGAAGUUAAUCCAAUGAAUCACUUUUAUUUAAGUUGAAACAAACCAGUGCUUCAGUUACAAAUACUUGUAUGAAGGUUAAUUUAUACAAAAGUAUAUGUUAUUUUUUUAUGGAAUUUAAUGUUUCACAUUUUCUAUAUUAACUGACAAAACUCAAACAAUAAAACCAUUUAC